GUCCAUUGGAGUGAGUCUCGAGGUGGUGGAUACCAGACAGGCUCCUACACUAAACAUUAUGAUGCUGAGGAAGAAUACAUUCACGUCAAGCAAUUGCUGUUAGGAAGAGAUGAAAAUGAGGAAGGAACCAAUCCAACGUUGCGAGCUGGACGACACGAGCUGUCUUUUCGAUUUCAGAUCCCGAUGGGACGAGUGGCAACUUCCUUUGAAGGCAAAUAUGGAAGAGUAAGAUAUUGGUUGAAAGCUGAAAUUGACAAACCAUGGGCUUUUAAUAGCCGUACUAAAAAGGCUUUUACUGUAAUUGAUCAUAUUGAUAUUAAUACGCCGUCAUUGAUGACACCUGUUGGAGGAGAAAAAGAGAAAACCGUGUGUUGCUGGUUUUGUACUUCAGGUCCGAUAACCAUGAAUGCCCGUACUGACAGAAAAGGAUACUGCCCAGGGGAAUCCAUUGCAAUAAUUGCAGAAUUUGAAAACUAUUCCACCAGGAGGAUUACACCGAAAGCUAUGCUCUUUCAACGUACUGUAUUUUAUGCUGGGGGAAAGUCGCGUUCUGUUCGGAACAGUGUGGCCAGUGUUCAGGGGGAGGUGAUACCAGCUGGCAGAAUGGCCAGGUGGGAUAAUAAGCUGUUGAAAAUACCUGCUGUUACUCCCUCACUGAUAAACUGUGGAAUUAUAAAAGUGGAAUACAUUUUAACAAUUUAUUUAGAUAUUUCUGGUGCUAUGAAUCUUUACCUCCAUCUACCAAUAGUUGUAGGUACUGUGCCACUUAGAGCACCUCCAUACAGCCAGUUUGAUCCAUUAGCUACCUUAGGAGAUGUCUUUCUUCAUCUUGCCGAGAGAAAUAGAAUUCCACCUCCUCCUCCUGUUGCUCCAGUACUUCCACCACUCAAUGAAGCACCUCCUAGUUACGCAGAAUGUGUUUUUGGUGCCACAGAUAUUAGAGACAGUGAAGAUAACCAGUAUACAAUUGGAGAUACAAUGUUUACACCCAUGUACACCUAUGUGCAUGACUACAGGUUUAUUCCACCUGUACCCCCACCAGAAUAUUCUAGGGUGGAUCCGAACCAAAUAUCUAUUCAAACUCAAACAGAAGACAACAGGGAACAUUUCUCAUGAAACCAAUGCUUUCUAUUAGAUUUUAUUUUAUGGGAC